AGAAGUUACUGGAGCCAACCGGACCCGGCAUCUCCCUCACAGCGGCUCCGCUCAGACCGAAGACAGCCUGGUGUCCAUCAGCCGGCCGGCCGCUCAGAGGAAUGUAGAUGUUUGCUGGUAGAACUGGUUGAGACCGGAACUGACAGCUGUCAACCAAACUGCGCAGUUCUGGAGAAAAGCAGUGGUUUAGGAAACAGAAAUGCCUCAGAAGCAGAAGCCCAAGUCGUGGACGGAUUUAAAGCAAGCAGGAAACGAGUGUUUCAAGACGGGCCAAUAUGGAGACGCCACCGCUCUUUACAGCCAGGCCAUCAAAGAACUGGACAAGUCCAGUAAAAAGAACCCCGAGGAUUUAGCCAUCCUGUACUCCAACCGCGCUGCCAGCUACCUGAAGGAUGGGAACUGUGCAGAAUGUGUGAAGGACUGUGAAACGUCUCUGGAGUUGUCUCCGUUCAAUGUGAAGUCUCUGCUCCGACGCGCUGCUGCCUACGAAGCUCUGGAGCGCUACCGACACGCUUACAUCGACUACAAAACCGCGCUGCAAGUUGACUGCAACAUCGCAGCCGCUCACGACGGCACCAACAGAAUGACUAAAGCCCUGACGGAGGCAGACGGCCCGUCAUGGAGGGAGAAGCUUCCUCCCAUCCCCACGGUGCCGCUGUCGGUGAGGGAGAAGCUGGCCCAGCAAGCUGCAGCCAACCAGGCUCAGCAGCACAACGGCAUCAAGAAGGACGACAGACCAGCACCGAGUGACAAAGAUGUAAAGAAAGCUCAGGCUCUGAAAGAGGAAGGCAACGCUCUGGUGAAGAAAGGAGAAUUUCAGAAGGCCGUAGAGAAGUACACGCAGAGUCUAAAACACAACGGCAGCGAGGUGACGACCUUCACCAACCGGGCGCUGUGCUUCCUGUCGCUGAAGCAGUACAGAGACGCCAUCAGAGACUGCUCCGACGCCCUCAGGAUGGACGGCAGCAACGUCAAGGCGCUCUACAGGAGGGCGCAGGCUCACAAGGAGCUCAAGGACAUCAAGGCCUGCGUUGACGAUCUGAACAGCCUCCUGAAGGUGGAACCAAAGAACACGGCUGCUCUGAAGCUGCUGCAGGAGGUGCAGAAGAAGUAAACGUGCAUGGAUAACUCUGCAACCAGCCAGUGAGACGAUCCAUCCCCUCCAACCCCACGUCUGAUCUGUUCACUCCUUACUGGGCCAACACAAAACGCAGCAAGAGGUUCUGGAGACUCUUCAUGGAUGAAGAGGUGUUCAUAGUUUGGUGACGGAAUGGUUGUGUUACCUCGGUUCAGUGUUAAUGUUUGUUUUUUACGCUCCAGUAAAUUACCGUCGCAUCUUUUCAGAAAAAAAAAAAA